AUGGCGUGGUUAAGGUUGCAGCCUCUCACCUCCGCCUUCCUCCAUUUUGGGCUGAUUACUUUUGUGCUCUUCCUGAAUGGUCUUCGGGCAGAGGCUGGUGGCUCAGGGGAGGUGCCCAGCACAGGGCAGAACAAUGAGUCCUGUUCCGAGUCCUCAGACUGCAAGGAGGGUGUCAUCCUGCCAAUCUGGUAUCCGGAGAACCCUUCCCUUGGGGACAAGAUUGCCAGGGUCAUCGUCUACUUUGUGGCCCUGAUAUACAUGUUUCUUGGGGUGUCCAUCAUUGCCGACCGCUUUAUGGCGUCUAUCGAAGUCAUCACUUCUCAAGAGAGAGAGGUGACUAUCGAAAAGCCCAAUGGAGAGACCAGCACCACGACGAUUAGGAUCUGGAACGAAACGGUCUCCAACCUGACCCUGAUGGCCUUGGGUUCCUCUGCUCCUGAGAUCCUUCUCUCUUUAAUUGAGGUGUGUGGCCAUGGGUUCAUUGCUGGUGAUCUGGGACCUUCUACCAUCGUGGGCAGUGCAGCCUUUAACAUGUUCAUCAUCAUUGGCAUCUGCGUCUACGUGAUCCCCGAUGGAGAGACUCGCAAGAUCAAGCACCUGCGAGUCUUCCUCAUCACUGCUGCUUGGAGCAUCUUUGCCUACAUCUGGCUCUAUAUGAUCCUGGCAGUCUUCUCCCCUGGUGUGGUUCAGGUUUGGGAAGGCCUCCUCACUCUCUCCUUCUUCCCCGUGUGUGUCCUUCUGGCCUGGGUGGCAGAUAGGCGACUGCUCUUCUACAAAUACAUGCACAAAAAGUAUCGCACAGACAAACACCGAGCAAUUAUCAUAGAGACAGAGGGCGACCACCCCAAGGGCAUUGAGAUGGACGGAAAAAUGAUGAAUUCCCACUUCCUGGACGGGAACCUGGUGCCCGUGGAAGGGAAGGAAGUAGAUGAGUCCCGCAGGGAGAUGAUCCGGAUUCUCAAGGAUCUGAAGCAGAAACACCCAGAGAAGGACUUAGAUCAGCUGGUAGAGAUGGCCAAUUACUACGCUCUUUCCCAUCAACAGAAGAGUCGUGCCUUCUACCGGAUACAAGCUACCCGUAUGAUGACUGGCGCAGGCAAUGUCCUGAAGAAGCACGCGGCGGAACAAGCCAAGAAGGCCUCCAGCAUCAAUGAGGUGCACACCAGUGAGCCUGAGGACUUUGUCUCAAAGGUCUUCUUUGACCCGUGCUCUUACCAGUGCCUGGAGAACUGCGGGGCCGUCCUCCUGACGGUCGUGAGGAAAGGGGGGGACAUGUCCAAGACCGUGUACGUGGACUACAAAACAGAGGAUGGUUCUGCCAAUGCCGGGGCGGACUAUGAGUUCACAGAGGGCACUGUGGUUCUGAAGCCAGGAGAGACCCAGAAGGAGUUCUCAGUGGGCAUCAUCGAUGAUGACAUCUUUGAGGAGGAUGAACACUUUUUUGUGAGGUUGAGCAACGUCCGCGUAGAGGAGGAGCAGCCAGAGGAGGGGAUCCCUCCGAUAGUCCUCAAUAAUAUUCCAUUGCCCCGGGCCAUCCUGAUAUCCCCUUAUGUGGCCACAGUCACCAUCUUGGAUGAUGACCAUGCAGGCAUCUUCACGUUUGAAUGUGACACUAUUCAUGUCAGCGAGAGUAUCGGUGUCCUGGAGGUCAAGGUUCUGCGGACAUCAGGUGCCCGGGGCACGGUAAUCGUCCCCUUUAGGACAGUAGAGGGGACAGCCAAGGGUGGUGGUGAGGAUUUUGAAGACGCAUAUGGGGAGCUGGAGUUCAAGAAUGAUGAAACAGUCAAAACAAUUCACAUCAAGGUAAUUGAUGAUGAGGCGUAUGAGAAAAACAAGAAUUACUUCAUUGAGAUGAUGGGCCCCCGCAUGGUGGAUAUGAGUUUUCAGAAAGUGCUCCUGUUGUCUCCAGAGGUGACAGACAGAAAGCUGACUGUGGAGGAGGAGGAGGCCAAGAGGAUAGCAGAAAUGGGAAAGCCAGUACUGGGCGAACAUCCCAAACUAGAGGUCAUCAUUGAAGAAUCCUUUGAGUUCAAGAAUACGGUGGACAAACUGAUCAAGAAGACAAACCUGGCCAUGGUUGUGGGGACCCAUUCCUGGAGGGACCAGUUCAUGGAGGCCAUCACUGUCAGUGCAGCAGGGGAUGAGGAUGAGGAUGAGUCAGGCGAGGAGAGGCUGCCGUCCUGCUUUGACUACGUCAUGCACUUUCUGACCGUCUUCUGGAAGGUGCUGUUUGCUUGCGUGCCCCCCACGGAGUACUGUCACGGCUGGGCCUGCUUCGUCGUGUCCAUUCUCAUCAUCGGCAUGCUCACGGCCGUCAUCGGGGACCUGGCCUCCCACUUUGGCUGCACCAUUGGUCUCAAGGACUCAGUCACAGCUGUUGUCUUUGUGGCAUUUGGCACCUCUGUGCCAGACAUGUUUGCCAGCAAAGCCGCGGCCAUCCAGGAUCUGUACUCUGAUGCCUCCAUCGGCAAUGUCACGGGCAGCAACGCCAUCAACGUCUUCCUGGGCAUUGGCCUGGCCUGGUCCGUGGCCGCCAUCUACUGGGCCCUGCAGGGACAGGAGUUCUACGUGUCAGCGGGCACGCUGGCCUUCUCGGUCACCCUCUUCACCAUCUUCGCGUUUGUGUGCAUCAGCGUGCUUCUGUACCGCCGGCGGCCCCACCUGGGCGGGGAGCUGGGGGGCCCACGCGGCUGCAAGCUGGCCACGACGUGGCUCUUUGUGGGCCUGUGGCUCCUGUACAUACUCUUUGCCACGCUGGAGGCCUACUGCUACAUCAAGGGCUUCUGA